ACUGCUGGCCCGCAGCGUGGCCUUGAGGAGCCCGGGGCAGGGAGUAGCGCUGGAGGACGAAGGAAGCAGAGAUGAGGGGUGACGAGGUCCGCUUCUGCACAGGCAACCAGAGCGUCUCCCUGUGCUCCCGAGGGCUGGACCCCGGGGCAGUGGCUCCUGCAGCCCCCAAGAUGUCGAGGCGUUUGCAGGCCACCCUGGCCGUUGUGGCCGUGACCGUGGUCUCCUCUCUUGUGGCUCUCUUCGUUGUGGCUCUACAGCAUCCAAGACCUGCACUGGAGGCAUACGCCUCCCUCCGAGAGUUUCCGGAAGACAACAGUACUGGGCAGUUCCUCAAGGCACCCGACGAUCCCUACCACUUUGGCAGGGGGGCAGAGCUGCAAGAGGCUAUCCAGAUGUUUAAAGGGCACGUGGAGAAUUCCAGCACCUGGAGCGUGGAGAUCCAGAUGUUGACGUGCAGAGUGGACAAUGUCAGUUCUCAGAUCCAGAUGCUCGGUGGUCAUCUGGAAAGUGCCAGUGCUGACCUCCAGAUAGUAAAAGGCAUCUUAAAGGAUGCCAGCACCUUGAGUUUCCAGACCCAGAUGUUAAGAAGUUCCUUGGAGGGGACCACUUCUGAGAUGCAGAAGCUAAAGGGAGAUCUGGAAGAGACACAAGCCUCACAUUCCCAGAUCCAGAGUUUCUUAAAAAGCAGUUUAGAAAACACUAGCACUGAGCUCCAUAUGUUAAGCAGAGGCUUAGAAAAUGCCAACACGGAGAUCCAGGUGUUGAAGGCAGGGUUAGAAACGGCAAAUGCUCAGGUCCGAUUGGCAAACAGUAGUUUAAAGAAUGUUAAUGCCCAGAUCCAUGGUUUGAGAGGCAAUCUGGAUAGUGUCAAUGAUUUAAGGGCCCAGCAGAAAGUUUUAAGAAGUAGUUUGGAAGGUGCUACUGCUGAGAUGCAGAAGCUAAAGGGAAGUCUGCAAAAUACAAAUGCUUUAAACUCCCAGACCCAGACCUUUAUAAAAGGCAGUUUAGGCAACACCAGUGCUGAGAUUCAGGUAUUAAGAGGUCAUUUGGAAAGGGCUGGCGAUGAGAUUCGCCUGUUAAAAAGAGAUUUGGAAACUGUCACUGCCCAGACCCAAACAGUAAAUGGUCGCCUGGAGCAGACAGACGCUCAGAUGCGAGUAUUAAAAACAGAGCUAGAAAGCGCCAUUGCCUUAAGUUCCAAGAUUCAGGUGUUAGAUGGUCUUUUGAGAAAUGCCAGCCAAGAGAUACAGACCCUAAAACAAAGAAUGAAGGAUGCUGCGGCCUUAAAUUCCAAGACCCGGAUGUUAGAGAGAAAUCUGCAGGAGGCCAGAGCUGAGGUCCACAGGUUGAAAGAGGAUUUGGAGAACACCAAAACACUGACUGCGAAAAUCCAGGAGGAGCAGGGUAGCCUGGAGACCCUCCGCGCAGCCUCUGCUUCGCAGGAGCAGCUCCAGAGGACCCAAAAUCAACUCCUCCAGCUGAUCCUGCAAGGCUGGAAGUCCUACAGUGGGAGCUUGUAUUACUUUUCUCAUGCCAAGAAGACUUGGCAGGAGGCUGAGCAGUUCUGUGUGUCCCAGGGAGCCCACCUGGCCUCGGUGACCUCUGAGGAGGAGCAGGCAUUCCUGAUACAGUUCACGAGUGCCUCUUACCACUGGAUUGGCCUCACUGACAGCGGUUUGCAGGGCUUCUGGCGCUGGACAGAUGGCACACCAUUCAGUAGUGCCAGGAGCAGUGAGUUUUGGGACAAGAAUCAGCCGGACAACUGGCGACACGGGAAUGGGCUUACGGAAGACUGUGUCCACAUGCAGCGGAAGUGGAAUGACAUGUACUGUACCGCCCUCUACCACUGGGUCUGCAAGAAGCCCGUGGGCCGGAUAGCCUGAGGGCAGGCGGAGCUGAGCCCCUUCUCCAGGAUGCCUUGGGAGCCUCUGAACUCAACUUGCUCUCUGGGGACUUCCAUUUGGCCUUUGUUUCUCCUGCCCUGUCCUUUUGAAAAAAUCUUCCCAACAUGUUUACCUCAUGUGACCCAGCACAAGCAAUAUCUCCUCAAGGCAAGAGCCUUGUUUUGCCUCUGUAUCCCCCUUGGCAACCAGCACAGGCCUGUCAGACAGCAGGUCCUCAAUAAAUA